UUAUAAUUGCUGUGUAACAUGCAAUGAUAUAUUCUAAAACCUUGUUUAUUUCUUGAGUAUUUUUGCUAUAAUGUAGUAGUAUGUACAAUGCUUUAUUAUGCAGCAUUAUUCUGACAAAAUUACCGUAAAGUCUCUAGAUUAUGCAUCUGAUUAGACACUGCAGGUCCUUUUACUGGCCUGGUGUGGCUACAGGCUUGGAUAAUUAAAAGCAGUAAUUCUCAAUCCUGCAUUUAAGCUUGAUCUGUUUUUUAAUGGAAAUUUGAUUGAUUGGUUGUAUUAAACCUCUUAAAUCCUACCAGAUGAAGUAAUUACAGUACUAGUUUUGGGCAAAAUCCUACAUACAGUUCCUUUAAUUAGAAUUAAAUGCAAAAUAAAUAUUGAACUUUUCACUAGUUAUGAGACAUUUUAUCCUAUUCUAAGCUAGAGAUGAUGAGGGCUACAUUGCAUGGUUCCAUAUUAAUCAUAAACACACCCUUUGUUUUUUCCCGCCCCUUUUUCUAAUCUGUGCAAGGUCUGUUAGUGUGUCUGUAUUCCAAAAUGAGUGUACAUGAUGAAAGUUGGCCCAGAGUUUAGCCUACUUAAGAUAUUGUUCUUUUAUAAGCCUUUCACUGCUAAUGUUGGCAUUACUGUUAUCUUUGGGUGAUAGGUACACAAACACUGAUACUGUGCAUUUUUAAGUGAAAUAUUGAUUGUCUAAUAAACAUAAUUGGCAAAAAUACUUGGGUUUGGGUUAGAAGACACCGAGUGAAUACCUGCAGACGCGCAUGCCCUUGUACACACUUUUGAAGUCCUCUUGGGGGUUUUGUGGCUUCUCAGGUUAUGGGUUUCUUUCUAUUUGUCACUUGUGCUUUGUCUUUUGCACACUGAAGUCACUUGGCGUCUUCUGCAAGGUAGGCUUUCAUUAUGAAGAUAAAGAGUUCUAUCAAGGGUCUAUUCCAGCAAGUUCUGGGGCAAAUUAUUUAAUUAGAAUUAAAUGCAAAAGUAAUAUUGAACCUUUCACUAGUUAAGAGACCUAGAGAAAAUGAGGGCUCCAUUGCAUGGUUCCAUAUUAAUCAUAAAUACCCCUUUGUUUUUUUCUUCCUCCCCUUUUUUCUAAUGUGUGCAAUGCCUGUUAGUGUGUCUGUAUUCCCAAAUGAGUGUACUUGUUGAAAGUUGGCCCAGAGUUUAGCCUACUUAAGAUAUUGUUCUUUUUAAAAGCCUUUCAUUGCUAACUUUGCCAUUACUGUUAUCUUGGGGUGAUCUUAGAUACACAAACACUGUUGUUGUGUAUUGUAAAGUGAAAUAUUGAAUAUCUAAUAAACAUAGUUGACACAAAAGGUUCUUUAUUAGCUCUUUUCUCAUGAUGUUCUCACAUGCUCUAAAAACCCUGAAAGGAAAAAGUCCUAAAAAUUGGGACUCGUGUCCCCCGUGUCUGCUGCUUCCUACAGGGGUUUGGGUUGGAAGAUGCAGAGAGAACACCUGCAGGCACGCACACGCCUGUACACACAUAUGAAUGCACACACUUUUUCUUUCCAUUUCUCACUUAAGCUUUACUGUCUUGGCGUCUCCUGCGAGGUAGGCUUUUUAGGUUCAACUCUUUCACAAGACUUUUUCUAUUCCAGGAAGUUCUGGGUUAAAUUGAAUUUAAUUCGAAUUAAAUGCUAAACUGCUUGCAGACCAAACUGUUUUGUCUAAAAAUGUUACUUGCAAAACAAAAGUUUUUGCACAUCAAAAUCUUUUAAAGCGAAACGUUUGGACUUCGAAGUUGAACAGGAUGUAAUGUGAUGGCAUGCCUGUACACACAUACACUUUUGAAGUUUUCUGUUUUUUGUGGUUCCUCAGGUAUGGGUUUCUUUGUCACUUAAGUUUCCUGUCUUUUACACACUGAAGUCACUUGGCAUCUCCUGCAAGGUAGUAACAUAAAGUGUUUUUCUAUUCCAGGAAGUUCUGGGUUAAAUGUAAUUUAAUUACAAUUAAAUACUAAACAAGUUUUUAACCAAAGAACUUGAAGCCUCACCCUUUCUCUUGUAGAUGGUUAUUAACUUCUACAAUGUCAUAUCCAACUAGUUGGAUAGCGUAAUGCUUUUUGCACUAAUUCAAACUUAGCCAAGGCUUUUCUUUGAUUUCCUAACUUCACAUAAACUACAUCACAACUUUCCAAAAAAGUUGGGAUGCUGUGUAAAAUGUAAAUAAAAGCAGAUGUUGUAUUGUUUUUUUCUCUGUACGUUCAUUUUGGACAUGAUGUCAGCAACACGUCUCGUUAGGAGAGGGGCAUGUGAUGCUUCAAUUCUUUUGUUUUGAUUAUGAUAUAUUGUCCCAUUGUUGUCCAAUAUAGGAUUUCAAUUGUUCAACAGUCUGGGGUCUUUUUUAAUUGUUCUUCAUUUCAUGACCCACCCAAUGUAUGUGACAGGUCUGGACUAUAAGCAGGCCAUUUUAGUAUCUGGACUCUUCUACUAUGAAGCCAUACUGUUGUAAUACGCAAGGCAAGAUGGGAAGACCCAGGCUAAUUGACGUCCAAAUGGGGUCAUGAUUAGACGGCCAAAUAGCGGACCUAUUUUGCAAGUCCUGCAGUCGUCUAAAAUUGGUCUUAGACCGACGGACGCAAUUAAGAUAUAAUCUGCACCUCCAUCAAAUGUCUAAUGUUUAGUGGUAAGUCUACUCUGUGCGUAGCCCUCUGCCAGCGCUUCAAAGUUGCGCUUUUAUGGCACUAUCUGGAGCAGAUUGGCUACCUUGAAGGUACUCUGUCUCGUAGGCUAGUGCCAUCUGAUAUUCAUUGCAUUUGAGAAACCGGGUAAGAUGAAUGCCACAUUUUCUUUCUAUUCCUCUUAAUAGGUUCUACAUUCGCGGUAAAACUUCCUUCUUUAGACUUUUUUACCAAGACGUUUUCUCCUAGUACACUCCUGUAGUACGAUCCUCACUAACGCGUGUGGACUAAUAGACCGGAGCUGAGUUUAAAUAUUAGUAGAGCCUACUCUGGCCUGCGGCCAGCCGUCUAUUGGCCAUGAAAAAUAUUGGCCCGCGGCCAAAGUUGCUUGCCAACCCCUGGUGGAGACAAUGGUAUUGUUAGCUUUCCUGAGCCCAUACAAUAAUUAUACACUACUGUAUCGCUCAAUGUCCUGUGGUCAGAGGCCAAGGCCUAGUUCACCCUAGGGCACAUGAGGCUAAAGUGGGUAGAAGCAUAGACAAUGCUUUGCAUUAAGUUGACUUUUUUCAAUCUCAGUGCUAACAAAUAAUUUAAGAAAUACUGGACAAAAUUAUACAUUUGUUUUGAAAUAAUGGAAUGUUAUAUUUAAGCCAUAACUUAAGCCCCGAGAGGCUGUAGUUUACACUGAUUUUAGAACAGCUAAGGGGCAUUGUUAGGCGCAGAGCCAAUCAUAAUCGGACUGGAACUAUCCGUUUUAGAUUUUACAGGAUUACUGGAACAAAUAACCUGUUAAUAACAGCUUGUGAAUGAACACAAAAGAAAAGAUAUCAAAGUUAAGGUUUCAAAUUAAAAUUUCAGGUUUGACUAUGGGUUUUUCAGCCAUUACCUUUCUGGUAGCUGUCUACCUGGCCCUCAUACCCCAAACUAGCCCAUCCUGCACCAGAGGCUCCCCCCGUGAGUGCAAAGCGGCCGAGUUUGCCCCAGGAUCCAACCUGGCCGGUGAAGGCUUUGACAUCACCAAGAUGCAGCGCAAAGGAGCCUUUGUCAUCGACAUGAACCUAUGGAGACGGGAGAACAACACCUGCAUGCUGUGCAAGAACCCGUAUGAAGAGGGCAAGAUGCAGAAAAUCCCAGCAGCUGUGGUGGACUGGCGACCCAGUCAGAAAUGCAGCAUGAAGGUGGCCAGCUCACUGUAUCAGUCCAGUGAGUCCUUGGUCAGUUCCAGUGCCUCUAAUGUGGAGAACAACUGGAAAGUUGGUUUGAAUUUAGGAUCUGCAUCGCUGAUGCUUGCUGGCACUAACUCCAAGUUGUCGGAAUACUCAAUGGAGAAGACGAAAAGGGACAAAUUCACAUUUUCUCAACAGAAGAUGUCAUGUAGCUACUACAGCUAUAGAGUAUCCAACCAACCCCAACUACACCCAGAGUUCCAGUAUGCCAUUAAUCAACUUCCAAAGAAAUACACCGGAAAGACCAAACAGGCUUUCUACAAACUAAUCAAUAACUUUGGCACUCAUUUCAUACCUAAAGUGACUCUGGGUGGGAUGGUGCAGUCGGUGACCAGCAUCAGGCAGUGCAUGGCCUCUCUACAGGGCCUGAGCUCAGACGAGAUCAAGAUGUGUCUCGACGUGGAGGCUGAAGCCAGCAUUGGAGGCAGAGGCUCGGCAAGGGCUGAGACGAAGCACUGUCAGGAGACGAAGGACAAGACAGAGAGCAAGAACAGCUUCUCCAGCAGAUUCAGCGACAGGUUCACAGAGGUUUUUGGUGGCCACACCACUGAACCUGACCUUCUCUUCUCUGCAAACAAAGACCCUGCCGCCUACAAGGAGUGGCUUUCCUCUGUGCCUGUCAACCCAGGUGUGAUCUCCUAUUCACUGGAUCCCCUUCAUGAGUUGCUGGCCCCCAACCUUACCGUGAGAAAACAACUACGCAAAGCAAUUAAGCAUUACAUUUUAGAGAGUGGACUCUGGCAGAACUGCUCAGAGCCCUGCAAGUCUGGUGUCAAAAGAAACCCAAAGGAGCCCUGUGCCUGCAGUUGCCAUGGUGAUCCUGGUGUAGGAAACAACUGUUGUCCUGUUAAACGUGGUCUCGCUCGGGUCAUUAUCACUGCAGUGAAGGCCACUGGGUUGUGGGGAGACACCACCUCAGGUACAGACGGCUACGUGAAGGUCUUCAACUCUCAGAACAUACAACUGGCAAGAACCCCUGUGAUUUGGAAUAACAACUGGCCCCAGUGGAACAUGGCCUUUGAUAUCGGUGACGUCAUCCUCUCUCAGACCAGCAUGGUGAGGUUCGAGGUGUGGGACGAGGACAGCAAGUGGGAUGACGACCUGCUCGGAGCUUGCACAGUGAACCUCAAGGAAGGGUCCAAGGAGGAUGUGUGUCGCCUGAACCAUGGAAUGUUCUUCUACAAACUCCAAGUGACCUGUGGCCCAAGCCUGAGUGGCCCGUCCUGCUCUGAGUAUGUGAGCUCUCCCAUGAACAGUCACCUGGAGAGGCUGUACGUGUCUCGUCACGCCCGACCCAUACCGAAGGAUAUGCUGAAGAAAAUGGGAGUCUUUGAGGAUGAACAUUGGCCCCUUUCUGACUGUCACAGUAAAAACGUGUGAACAGGAGCAACACUGACUACAUACUGCAGAAAGACUACACAGGAGAGUGUGUAGUCUCACAUUCAGUUUGUGCCUAGAAAUAAGGGCUCUCCAAGCAUUCCACGUAGCCUGUUUGCAAGCAUUAUUACCAGGGAAUUGUCCAGACCUUAUGUCUGAGAGUGGCUAUUUAUUGUUUUGUUUUAGUAUUAAACCAAAACAAUAAAUACAAAUGUCAAUACUCAUUACAAAAUGUCAAGAAAACUAAUAUAUACUUUUAUUUAGCAUUUUGUAUAUUUAUAUAAAGAUGUGUGUAAGUGCAGACCAUUACACUGAAUGACAGUUUUGCAGUUUAUGAAGCUAUUUCUAAUAUAUUUUUUCUAUUAUAUUAUGACUAUCGUUAGUGUAGCUCAAUUUGUAUAAUACACAAAGUGCUCACAAUAGAGGCUGUUGUAAUUCCCUCUGCCUCUAUUCAUAUAUCAAUCACUGUUAUUUGCCAAAAAAAUUCAACUUUAGCUCCUGAACAUCCAUUCAUUCAUCUCUCAUCCAUACACUCCUUACUACCACUCAUCCAUUCAUGCAUUCAUUCAUCCUUCCAUCCAUUCACCCUAGCCAUCCAUCCAUCCAUCCAUCCACCCAACCAACCCAGGCAUCAAACCAUCAUAACCAUUCCUGAUCCAUCCAAGCCAUCCAUCAAUCCAUCUGAGCCACCGAUCCAUCUUAUGAUUCAUCAUAGCUAUUACUGUAAACCAGUGGUUGUAUCUUAAAACAUUCUCAAACUUCUGCUCAAAGAGCUUGUUCCUCUUUGGAAUCCCCAGGCCUGAAAAGUCUCUCUAGUGGUGGACUGGACGGAGUGACUGUAUUAUAUCUGAGUGAAAUUUUCUUUAUCAGUGCAAGUCCAUUAAGAGAGUCUAUCCUGUGUGCUCCUGAUUUGAAAUAAUCUGCAAAUUGGCUUUCCAGUGUUUCUUGGUGUUUUAAGCCCUCAACAUUGUCUUCAAGGCAGUGCUGCCUGGAGGGCACUAGGGUUAAGUUUAGGUUAGGGUUAGGGUUAGGAUUAGGGUUAGGGUUAGGCUUAGGUGCCUUUAAGUCGAUGAUGGCAGUGUUGCCUGGAUGACUAUGUUGGGGGCUUAAAACACCAUCAAGCUUCAGCCGUAGCAGAGGUCUCAUCAAAGGAAAAUAACUCAUCUUCUGUGGCUGAGUCUGUGCUGAGGUGGAUGUUGGUGCUGGUACCUACCGUACUUGCUGGUCUUGGUCUAGGACAAUUGUAUGGCACUCUGCCAGCAGACUUGCCUUGGCCUUGUCCUUCCUCUCCUGUGUCCGCAAGCAACGUAGUUUGAACUUGGGCAGAGUCACAGCAGCCUCACUUUUCCAGCAUGUCUGCUAAUCUUGUUUUGAUUGCCUGAAAUGAUACAUAGGAAUGCAAAGAACAUAUUACAUUUUCUGUCCAUCUAUCCACACACACACACACACACACACACACACACACACACACACACACACACACACACACACACACACACACACACACACACACACACACACACACACACACACACACACACACACACACACACACACACACACACACACACACACACACACACACAGGGUCUUUACUUCUUUUUAACUCCUAUCUCCAAGCAUCUGCUUUUUGUGUAGUAUUGUGUGUGGAUUGAUGAAAAUAAUUCAAUACAUUUUGAGAUGAGCCUGAAACAUAACAGAAUGUGGAAACUUGAAAGGGUCUGAAAACUUUCCAGUUGCACUGUACAUUGUCCCUUAUGUAUUCACGUCAUGAGCCCUAUUGUGCAACCGGCCAUGCGCUGCAUAUUUAUUAAACCUUGUGCACAGCGGUGUGGUAAUUAAUGACAUAUCUGCCGAAUAAUAGUGUCUUUUUCUUCAACGAUUCCCUGGACACUGGGGCACAUGAUAUUUGAUGGGCAUGGUAGACCCGCUUGGCUGAUAAGGAACAGAAGAUGUUACUCGCCAACAAUUCUACAUUACGAAAUGUUUGCCUCAAGGAUCUGCAUUGAGCCAGCCCAUCAAGGUGGUGUAGCCAUCAGUCAUCAAAGUCGUAUUAUCAAAUAACACCAAUGGACUCAUUUAGAUUUAUCAUUUUUUUUUAAAAAUAAGAUAGUCAGAUAGACCCACACACACACACACACACACACACACACACACAGUAUACCUGUUGCUUACUUUUUAUUUUAUUUUUUAUUUUCUUUCUAGCAACUUUUUGUAUUUACUGUGUUAUUUUAAUUCAUAUUCAUAUAUUAUUCUGUAGGUCGUAUUUGAAUCUUUAUUCCUUCUAUUCACAUAUGCUGUAUUUUCUACUUGUUUGUCUCACCUGUAAAGCACUUUGG